UUGAGCACGUGCUAACAUUGUUGACGCGUUGCUCAGUAACCGUUCAUUGUAGAACGUAUUCGAAACGGCAUACGAGUCUCACUAGCCGCCGAAUAAGGUCGUGUGAGCUGAAGCUUUGCGAGAAAUCAACAUCAAAAUGCGUGAGUGCAUCUCUAUACAUGUUGGCCAAGCCGGAGUGCAGAUUGGUAAUGCCUGCUGGGAACUGUACUGCCUGGAGCAUGGCAUACAGCCUGAUGGUCAAAUGCCCAGUGAUAAAACCAUUGGUGGUGGUGAUGACUCCUUCAACACUUUCUUCUCUGAGACUGGAGCAGGAAAGCACGUACCCCGUGCUGUGUUCGUAGACUUGGAACCUACUGUUGUUGAUGAGGUACGCACUGGCACCUACAGACAACUGUUCCACCCAGAACAGCUCAUCACAGGCAAGGAGGAUGCUGCCAACAACUAUGCACGUGGUCACUACACCAUCGGCAAGGAGAUCGUUGACCUUGUGCUGGAUCGCAUCCGCAAGCUUGCUGACCAGUGCACUGGGCUUCAGGGCUUCCUCAUCUUCCACAGUUUUGGAGGAGGAACCGGCUCUGGAUUCGCGUCACUCCUCAUGGAACGUCUGUCGGUUGACUAUGGAAAGAAGUCCAAGUUGGAGUUCGCCAUUUAUCCAUCACCGCAGGUGUCCACUGCAGUGGUUGAGCCAUACAACUCCAUUCUGACCACUCAUACUACUUUGGAGCAUUCUGACUGCGCUUUCAUGGUGGACAAUGAAGCCAUCUAUGACAUCUGUCGCCGCAACCUGGACAUUGAACGACCAACCUAUACUAAUCUCAAUCGUCUUAUUGCUCAAAUUGUGUCCUCCAUCACUGCAUCUCUGAGAUUCGAUGGUGCCCUCAACGUAGAUCUUACAGAGUUCCAGACCAACUUGGUACCAUAUCCACGCAUCCACUUCCCACUGGCGACCUAUGCUCCUGUCAUCUCUGCUGAGAAGGCUUACCAUGAGAUGCUGUCUGUUGCUGAGAUCACUAAUGCUUGCUUUGAGCCAGCUAACCAGAUGGUGAAGUGCGACCCACGCCAUGGCAAGUACAUGGCAUGCUGCAUGCUGUAUCGUGGUGAUGUCGUCCCCAAGGAUGUCAAUGCUGCCAUCGCAACCAUCAAGACCAAGCGCACGAUCCAGUUCGUUGACUGGUGCCCCACUGGAUUCAAGGUCGGCAUCAACUACCAGCCGCCCACCGUUGUUCCGGGAGGUGAUCUGGCCAAGGUUCAGCGUGCAGUCUGCAUGCUGAGCAACACCACGGCCAUCGCUGAAGCCUGGGCUCGUCUCGACCACAAGUUUGAUCUGAUGUACGCCAAGCGAGCCUUUGUUCAUUGGUACGUGGGAGAGGGCAUGGAGGAAGGAGAAUUCUCAGAAGCCCGUGAGGAUUUGGCUGCCUUGGAGAAGGAUUACGAAGAAGUCGGUGUUGACUCGGUUGAGGGAGAAGGUGAAGAGGGUGAGGGAGACGAGUAUUAAUCUGCAUUAUUGUAUGCGGUCUGCCCUAAGGCAGCAAGAGUAAUGUUACUCAAGGAAUGUUUUCAAUGGAGUUACUUGUGCUUUGAUAAUAAAACUGAUUUACAUGGGAAUAAUUGUUGCCUGUCAAAAUUGGGUGAAAUAAGAUUCAUCAUAUUGCGUUAAAAUGAAUAAAUUCUAAUAACACUAAAG